GGACGCACACCGCAGCUGUCUCUAUGCGCAUGCGCGACAAACCCUCUAUUGAUAAAAAAAAGGUCACGAACUCUGACCCUCCCAACAGCCGCAGAAAACACAAUAUUAUUUCAUUAAAAGCAGGACCCUUUCUUACACAUCGACUUUUCAACAGGUGUGUAUUCCUCAUGGGGCACUGAUGUGAGGAGCAGCGGAUGAAGGUGUGCACACAAUAGGAUGGAUGGACUGACUCACAAGAUUCAGCUUGUGUCUGCAGACAACAACAUGGCUUUAGGACAUCGGAUCCAGAUCGUAACUGAUCAGCAGACUGGACAGAGGAUCCAAAUAGUAACAGCACUUGAACCACCUUCCCCUGGGAAACAGCAGUUUAUCUUAGCGAAUGCCGACUAUUCCCCCGGCGGGAAGGUAAUUCUGGCCAAGCAGGAAGGCUCUCCCAACAAGGUGAUACUGGCCUCUUCUGACGGCUCCGGGGUGAACCAGCUGCUCUUCGCUGCCCCUGAACUGGCAGGACAGCAGAUCCAGUUUGUGACCGAAGGCGCAGACCAGUCUCUUGUCAAGCCGAUGGUGGAGUACUGCGUUGUUUGUGGCGACAAGGCAUCAGGGCGUCAUUAUGGAGCUGUCAGCUGCGAGGGCUGCAAGGGCUUCUUCAAGCGUAGCAUAAGGAAGAACCUGGUGUAUACGUGCAGAGGCUCCGGAGAGUGCGCAAUUAAUAAACUACACCGAAACCGCUGCCAGUACUGCCGACUGCAGCGCUGCAUAGCUCUGGGCAUGAAACAGGAUUCUGUGCAGUGUGAACGGAAACCUGUCGAAGUUGCCACCAGAGAGAAAUCGGUGAACUGUGCGGCCUCUACGGAAAAGAUCUACAUCCGGAAGAAUCUUUGUAGCCCUCUGGCUGCCACGCCCACGUUUGUCUCUGAGAAGGAAACUGCUCGAUCCACUAGUUUGCUUGAGUCCAGCAUGAUGCUCAACAUCCAGCAGCCGUUCCCUAAGCUGGAAAAUACAAUCCUGAUUCCUGCCUCCCCUGAUAAAGAUGAUCUGUCUCAGGGGGAUCUUGGUACGUUGGCAAAUGUAGUUACAUCCCUUGCUCACCUUAACAAGACGAGGGAGCUAAGUGACGGUGGGAAUGACGCAAUGGGAGCUGAAACGCUCAGCAAUGGUGAUAGCUCUAUGACUGACAUGCAAGGCGACGAUCAGAACACGAGCGAUAUCACCAGAGCUUUUGACACGUUAGCCAAAGUCCUACAUCCUGAUGACGGCUCAGCUGGGGAGUCCUUAGAAACCACCAUGCAGCUGAUGUCAGGAGACCAGUCGGGUCCGGUGAUAGAGCUGGAUGGGCCGCUGCUCUCUGAGAGCCACAUCCCUUUCAAGCUUAUGAUGCCAUUGCCUGUACCAGAGUACCUCAAUGUCAACUACAUCUGUGAGUCGGCGUCCCGGCUACUUUUUCUCUCUAUGCACUGGGCACGCUCCAUACCUGCCUUCCAAACCUUAGGAGGCCAGGAUAAUGAUAUUAACUUGAUGAAGGCCUGCUGGAAUGAGCUUUUCGCCCUGGGUCUGGCACAGUGCUCCAACGUUAUGAAUGUUGGUACCAUCCUAAGUGCCAUUAUCAAUCAUCUGCAGACCAGCUUACAGGAAGAGAAGCUGUCACAGGAGAGAGGGAAAGUAGUAAUGGAGCACAUCUGGAGGAUGCAGGAGUUCUGUAACAGCAUGUCCAAGUUGGCCCCAGACUCUUAUGAAUAUGCCUACCUCAAAGCAGUUGUCCUCUUUAGCCCAGAUCACCCUGGUAUAGAUAACAUCCCACAGAUAGAGAUGUUCCAGGAAAAAGCCUACAUGGAGCUGCAGGACUACGUUACAAGGACAUACCCAGACGACUCUUAUCGGUUAUCCAAGCUGUUGGUGCGUCUUCCGGCCCUCAGGCUAAUAAGUGCAGCUGUCACAGAGGAGCUGUUUUUCGCCGGGCUUAUCGGCAACGUGCAGAUUGACAGCAUCAUCCCUUACAUCCUCAAAAUGGAAUCCACUGAUUAUAACAGCCAAACAGUCUCUGGCGUCUGACACACUGGGACAAUUUUUUUUAAAAACAAUAUCUGGAUUGUGGAAGGUUGACUAACAAAGCAUUUCGAGAACUCAUCAAGCCGGUUUUUGUAUGAGUAUAACAAACUAGAUUUCAUGACUCAUUAUCCGUUUGUAUCUCUUAGCUUCUCCUGCCUUCUCUUUAAGCCGUUGGUUGAGCUCAGCUCACGAAUGGGACAACCUCCCAAGACGUUAAGAAUUCAAUUCUUAAAAGCUGCAAAGCAGAUUUAGCUUUUUAUUGUAUAGUAUUUUAUGCUUCAUACCCGUUAAGCCUGUUUUUCUGAGAAAAAAAAAAACUCAGUUGUAUUUUGAAUGAAUCGCACGGCUUGUGUUUGUUUUUCUUUUUUUUUUUUUUUAUUCAUUACUUCUCCAACUGGGCCAUAUUUUUUUUCUAAAUGUUAGAAUGAUCCUAAGGAAAGAAAAUGUGAAAUUUGAGAUUCUAUCAUUGAAGGUUACUACCUUUAUGUGUAAUCCAACAGAUUGGCAGCAUCAUGUGUCAAAUGACAUGGUGUGGAUCUGAUGUAACUAUGUAUAUAUAUUUAUAUAUAAAGUACACCAAAAAAAAUAGAGCUAUUCAGGCAACAUUUGGUAGUUUGUGUAUGCUGUCAUUUUGGGCGAUGACGUGAAAAUGGACAGACGAUUAUGUCAUACCGAA